UGCACUCAUUAGUUUUCUUCAGACAAAACAAAAAACAUGAACACCCUAAUCGAACUAGUUCUUAAACUCUCAAAGACUUUUCCUUUAUGCUUCAAAAACAAUCCCAAUUGGUCAAACUUCUUAUCAGAUCAAAUGGGUAUCAACAAAAACUGGUAAUUCAUGUCAAUAAAAGCUGCUUCUGCUUGGGAGUUCAAAUUCAAACAAUUUAUCAGAUAAACAGUAAAUGCAAGAGAAAUGGCAGGCUCAAGCUGUGCAGUGCAAGGAGGCUGCCCCAGUGAUUACAUUGCUAUUUCUAUAGCCAUUAUUUCCAUUAUUUUGCUUCUAUCCUGGUCAAUUUACCCCUUUCUGGCGCACAAGGUUCCGCGUAUCAAUGGCAGUGGAUUCUGGAUUCCUCUGCUUCAAAUUGUCGGUAGCAUCAACCUUUUAUUAUCAAUUGUGAUGUCUUCCAAUUUAGUGAAAUUCGAAAAGCGGUAUUGGUGGCAAUCUUGCUAUGUUUGGGCAGUCUGGUUUGAAGGUCCAAUUGGAUUCGGUUUGCUGCUGAGCUGUCGCAUAACACAGGCUUUCCAACUGUAUUACAUAUUUGUCAAGAGGCGGUUACCACCAGUUAAAACUUAUAUUUUUCUUCCGCUAAUUCUCUCGCCAUGGAUUGCUGUGGCUGCAUUGAUCCAUGUCAAGCAACCUCUGAAUACUCGAUGCCACAUGGGGACUCGGUGGAUCGUUCCUGUUUUGUGCCUUCAUACAUCUUAUGUUUCUGGUUUAAUCGGAAUUACAGCAUCUAUUCGGCACAUAGAGUUUAGGUUUGACGAACUCAAAGACCUCUGGAAGGGAAUAGUUGUCUCAGCAUCAUGUAUCGGAGUAUGGGUUGUUGCGUAUGUUAUGAAUGAAGUUCACGACGAGAUUGCAUGGCUUCAAGUUGUCUCCAGAUUUUUGCUUUUAGUUUCAGCAAGUAUCCUUGUGCUCGCUUUCUUCUCUAUAUCGAGUUCGCAACCUUUGCUUUCACAAAUUAGUUUGAGGAAAAGGGAUCCUCUAGAGUUUGCAACAAUGGGUCAGGCUCUGGGUAUACCCGAGAGUGGGCUUCUGGUGCAAAGAGACCCUGCCGUAGUGAUAGAUCCUAACGAACCAUUGGACAAGCUGCUUACAAACAAAAGAUUUCGGCAAUCUUUUAUGGCCUUUGCAGACAGCUGUUUGGCUGGGGAGAGCAUUCAUUUCUAUAACGAAGUGCACGAACGCGGAAAAAUUCAUCAGGAUGACACUGUAAGAAGGAUCUACAUGGCACGACAUAUCAUUGAGAAAUAUAUAGUUGCAGGUGCAGAAAUGGAGGUGAAUAUAUCUUAUCGAACCCGGCAAGAAAUAUUAUCUACCACUGAUUUAGCAGAUGCUGAUCUAUUUAAUAAGGCAAUUAAUGAGUUGCUGCAGCUGAUGAAGACGAAUCUGGCAAAAGAUUACUGGUCAUCCACGUAUUUCAUCAAAUUCAAAGACGAAGCCAGAAUAAGAACCAACGGUCAUGACCUGGAACAGAUGGCCGGCUGGAACUUCUCUCCGAGAUUGAGCUCAGUUCACGGAUCCGAUGAUCCAUUUUACCAAGAACCUCAUGUAAAGAGCAUCCGUUUGAAUAAUAACGACGGCACCGACGCGACAAAUCGAGAAUUAUGAAUGCUGUUGUGCUGGUUUACUGCAAAUUUAGUUCAGAGACUGACCAUGACAGAUCAAAUAUACGAAAUGAUGCAUAAUGGACCUGUGAUGUACUGACGGAACGAUGAGAUGCGCUCGGAAAAGAAGAUCGAAAGGUGGCAAAGUUAAGAUAGGAAAUAAAUGCAUCUAUAGCAUUCAUAUGAUUCAACCAUUUGUUAGUCAUUAAUCAGUGCAACUCUUUGUUGUGUUCAAGCCUGUAGAGAAGAAAAAUGUGAAUUGUUGCAUUACUACCUACUUUAUCAUAACAUAUAUUUUAGUGAGGCUA